AGCUACCCAUGUGGCAGGAGGCCCUGUGGACCCGCGGACGCUACCUGCUGGACAAGAGCGAUGGAGGCGAGGGUGCCGAGGGGCCCGAGAGCCUGGGGGACGGGUGCCCCGGGUUCCAGAGCGAGGUGUGCCUGGAGGGCGAGAAGCCUCAGGACUGGCUGUACGAGUCGUACUACAGGAUGAGCCAGCAGCAUCCGCUGAUCGUGUUCCUGCUGCUGAUCGUCAUGGGAACCUGCCUCGCGCUGCUGGCCGUGUUCUUCGCCUCAGGACUAAAGACAGAGGACCACCUGACCUUCCUGAUCGCAGUGCCCGCAGCUCUCUUCCUCUUCCUGUCCAUCUUCAUCCUCGUCUGCAUCGAAUCUGUCUUCAAGCGGAUGUUGCGCCUCUUCUCUCUGCUGAUAUGGGCCUGUCUGGUCACCAUGGGUUACCUGUUCAUGUUCUCGGGGGGCAGACUCAGUCCAUGGGACCAGGUGUCCUUCUUCCUGUUCAUCGUGUUUGUGGUCUACACCAUGCUGCCCUUCUCCAUGAAGUGGGCCAUUAUUGCCAGUGGUAUAACCUGCCUCUCACACACUGUAACCCUGAGCAUCUGUCUGACCUCCACUGUCACAGAACUGGAGCCGUUAGUCUGGCAAGUCCUGGCCAAUGUGAUCAUCUUCACCUGUGGAAACCUGGCCGGGGCAUACCACAAGCAUCUUAUGGAGCUGGCACUGAAACAGACCUAUCAGGACACCUGCAACUGCAUCAAGUCACCCAUCAAACUGGAGUUUGAGAAGCACCAACAGGAGCGUUUAUUGCUGUCCUUACUGCCUGCUCACAUAGCCAGAGUGAUGAAAGCUGAGAUCAUCCAGAGGCUGCAGGGACCCAAUUUUGGUCGAACCGAGAGUACCAACAACUUUCACAACCUCUAUGUGCAGCGGCACACCAACGUCAGCAUUCUCUAUGCAGACAUCGUGGGCUUCACCAGGCUGGCCAGUGACUGCUCUCCAGGAGAACUCGUCCACAUGCUGAAUGAACUUUUUGGCAAAUUCGACCAGAUUGCAAAGGAAAACGAGUGCAUGCGGAUCAAGAUCCUGGGCGACUGUUACUACUGCGUGUCGGGGCUGCCCGAGUCACUGCCUAACCACGCCAGGAACUGCGUGAAGAUGGGCCUGGAUAUGUGUGAGGCCAUCAAAAAGGUCAGAGACGCCACCGGGGUUGACAUCAACAUGCGCGUCGGCGUUCAUUCUGGAAAUGUCCUCUGUGGCGUGAUUGGACUCCGCAAGUGGCAGUACGAUGUGUGGUCACAUGAUGUAACUCUAGCCAAUCACAUGGAGGCAGGAGGAGUGCCGGGAAGGGUCCACAUCUCUUCGGUGACGCUGGAGCAUUUGAAAGGCUCGUACAAGGUGGAGCCUGGAGAUGGGCAGAGCAGAGAUUCAUACCUGAAGGAGCACAAUGUGGUCACCUACUUGGUCAUCAACCCCAAGACUGAGAGGCACAGCCCGCUGUUAAGUGUGCGCUCUCGACCCUCUCUGGACAGCGGGAAGAUGAGGGCGUCUGUCAGGAUGACCCGAUACCUGGAGUCCUGGGGAGCUGCUAAACCCUUCGCCAACCUCCACCAUCGAGAUAGUAUGACCACAGACAAUGACAAGAUCAACACUACGGAUGUUCCCAUGGGGCAGUACUACCUCCAGAGACGAGAGAGAUCCAAAUCUCAGAGGAAAAGAUUUGAAGAAGAACUUAAUGAACGGAUGAUUCGCACCAUCGAUGGCAUCAACUCUCAGAAACAGUGGAUGAAAUCCGAGGACAUCCAGAGGAUCUCAUUGUUCUUUCACAACAAAGCUCUGGAGAAAGAGUACAGAUCCACCACACUACCUGCCUUCAAGUACUACGUCACCUGCGCCUGCCUCAUAUUCUGCGGCAUAUUUGUAGUGCAGGUCCUCGUCUUGCCCAAAACCGCUGUGCUCGGGAUCUCCUUUGGCCUGACGUUCCUGUUGUUGGCUUUGAUCCUGCUGCUCUGCUUCGCUAGUCACAUUCUGCAGAGAGGGAAGGGCUCUUUCUGCUCCUUCCCAUGGCUCUCCACUUCCUCUCGCAGCAUUGUCACCAACAACCCCUGGCUGCGAUUGGUCCUCACCAUGACAACCACCGCUCUCAUCCUGGUGAUGGCCGUGUUCAAUAUGUUCUUCAUGGAGGAUCCUGGAGGAUCGAUGGACGACAUCCUGCCAACUGCUCCCCUCGUCGUGAACCUAUCCAACAACAGCUUGACGGACAGUGCAGAAAAAGACUGGGACAAAAACAAGUUUUAUCUUCCGUACUUCAUCUAUUGCUGCAUUCUGGGCCUGGUCUCAUGCUCAGUGUUCCUGAGGAUUAACUAUGAGUUGAAGAUGGUGGUGAUGUUGGUUGCCGUGGUGAUCUACAACAUCAUCAUCCUGCAGACACACGCCUCCCUGCUGGAUGGUUUUAGCAAAGCUAUGUACUCCACUGAUAGACUCGACAGACCGGGCGUCCUGAAGGAUCUGAAGACCAUGGGCUCAGUGUCUUUGUUCAUCUUCUUCAUCACUCUGCUAGUAUUAGCCAGGCAGAAUGAGUAUUACUGUAGGUUGGACUUCCUGUGGAGGGACAAGUUCAAGAGGGAGUGUGAGGAGAUCGAAACCAUGGAGAACCUCAACCGGGUUCUGCUGGAGAACGUUUUACCGGCUCAUGUUGCGGAACACUUCCUGGGACGCAACUGGAAAAAUGAGGACCUUUAUCAUCAGUCGUACGAGACUGUGUGUGUGAUGUUCGCCUCCAUCCCAGACUUCAAAGAGUUUUAUACGGAGUCUGAUGUCAAUAAGGAAGGAUUGGAGUGCCUCCGACUUCUCAACGAGAUCAUAGCAGACUUUGAUGAGCUGCUGUCGAAGCCAAAGUUCAGCGGCGUGGAGAAGAUAAAGACCAUCGGCAGCACCUACAUGGCUGCAACUGGUCUGAAUGUGACGCCAGGACCAGAGAGUACGCAGGAACAUGACAGACAGUACAUGCACAUAGGCACUAUGGUGGAGUUUGCCUUUGCUCUUGUUGGGAAGCUAGAUGUCAUCAACAAGCACUCUUUCAAUGACUUCAAACUUCGAAUCGGCAUAAACCACGGGCCAGUUAUUGCAGGAGUAAUUGGGGCCCAGAAGCCUCAGUAUGAUAUCUGGGGAAACAGUGUUAAUGUGGCCAGCAGGAUGGAGACCACUGGAGUGCUGGGCAAAAUACAGGUAACAGAGGAGACGAGUGGUAUCCUAACAAACCUUGGGUACAUGUGUUCGUGUCGCGGCAUCAUCAACGUGAAAGGCAAAGGAGAGCUGAAGACCUACUUUGUUCACACAGAGAUGACCAGAUCUCUGUCACAGGGGACUGUGAUGCCUUGAGCACGCCACACAAACAGA